AAUAUUUUCGAUCUUUACCUAAUGAAUUAACUACUACUAUAUUAAUAGCUCAAUUCCAUAAUUUCUGCUGCUUUGCAUGCUUUGCAAGGUGGAUAGUUGCUGAAAUGUCUCUCAUGUGCACUGGGAGGUGGGGAUCUGGAGGGACUCAGCUGGCUGUAGCUUGCAGAGGUAGUCUAGUGGUGGGAGUGGAGGAGAAGGCUGCAGCAGAGUCAUGUCGAGUGGUUCCAGUGUGCAGUGACGACUCCCUCAUCUCGUGCCUCACCCUCUCUCCCUCGGGGCAUCUCCUGGCCCUGUGCUCGGAGGACAAGACACUCAGAGUCUGGGCCACGACAGACUGGGCACUAAAGGGGUCGAGAGUGAUCCCGAAGCGAGCGACUGCGGUAGUGGUGAAUAGAGAGGAGAAGUUUGUGAUUGUGGCAGAUAAGACUGGGGAGGUGUGGCAAUACUCACUCAACCAGCCCACCCUCACUGGGUCACAUCUGCUGGGACACUUCUCCAUGCUGCUAGAUAUGGUGAUUCCAUCAUGUGCUACUCAUGUGAUCACUUCCGACCGAGAUGAGAAAAUACGAGUCAGUAACUACCCAAAUUCCUACAACAUUGAGAGCUAUUGCCUUGGUCACAAAGAGUUUGUGAGCACGCUUUGUCUAUGCGAUCCAUACCCUCACCUUCUCCUGUCUGGAUCUGGAGACGGCACUAUUCGAGUGUGGAGCUGGAGAGACGGGAGACUACUGCACACUGAGCACUUCCCCUCCCCCAACAGUGAGCCUCUGGUCGUGGUGCAGCUGGCUUGCUCCCAUGGAAACAGCAACAGUCCACUAUUGGCAGCCAUUGUUGAAAGCCUCCCUGAAAUUCUUCUCUAUAACUUUUCAUCUGAUGGUAAAUUGUCUCCGUGUUGUCGCGGCAACCUGAAAUUGGCACCACCUUCUGAACAGGAGCCGUGGAGUUGUGCUUUUGAUUGGUCGGAUCAUUUGUGGGUGUCUCGAUCACAUCCGACAGAGCCACUGCUCCAAUAUCAACUCCUGGGUGAUGAGUUGAAGCAAUGUUCACUUGAAGAGAGUCCACUUCUCAGCCAACUAUGCAAGUGGGAUCAGCUCAAAGGUGAUGUAACUAGGAGCAGGUCUUUUAAAGAUCUAAAGAAACACACAUUUGACAACAUGUCUAUCUACCUUGCUCGGAAAGAGGAGAGAAUUAGAGACCAGAAAGCCAAGAAAAGCAAUCAACAAGUUAUUGUGGAGAGCGAUCAUCGGAGUACUUCUGACAGCAAAGACAAGCCCAUUUCUGAUGACUCCAACCACAGUCUAGAACAAUCUCUCAGUGAAAGUGGAGAUAAUGUGCUUAUAAACGCUCAACCCCCAGAGAAAAAACUGAAAACUGUAUAGCAUAUAUAAUUAGUGCAUUUUCGAUCAAUACACAGCCCCCACAAUUAAUGGUACCACCACCUGUACUUGAAUUGCACUGUUGUAUACGUGAUCUUUUUGUACAACAAUUAAUAUUAUUGUUUUGAUCAUG